AUGUUUGAAAUCGCAGUUACAAAUGUUCUAGCAAAUGGUGAAACAGUUGUUGUUGACGACGAAUUGGAAUUUAUUCACAUUCCGGGGCAGAUUUUAAAAGCACUUGAAUUUCAACCUGUAUAUCAGACCAAAGCCAAUGAUGAAUUGUGUGCUAACACUCCAUAUAAGGAAAAUAACGAUGGAGACCGUGCGUUUAUGAUUCACAAUGGCAGUGAAUCGAAAGAAAUUUGGGUAUCAGCACAUGUGGUCAACGGAUUAAUAAAAAUCAAUCGAAAUAGGCCGGGAAUUGACUUCGAUUGCAUGUUUCUCAAAGCACUUUUGAUUGGCGUAUGCACAUUCCAGAAAAUCAAAGACGCGCCGGUUGAAGAUGGCAUUGUGGCACUCAUAAAAGAAUUUUUCUCUGUGCGCGUUGGUCAAGACGAAAUUCGCAUCCGAAAAUUUGAAAUGUUGCUGGACUCUGCAAUCAAUGGCAUAAAAAACAACAACUUUCAACCGUAA